UUUUCUCGCUAAAAACACAUAUGCUAAUUGAAAUGUGAAUCAAUAGAACAAUAAACAAACAUGUGCAAUUAUCGAUGGCGACGCAAAAUGUCGUAAAAAAUAAGAGUUCAACGUAGCACAUAAAAUUAUAAACAAAAGUAUUUUGCUCUGGCUUGCGUUUGUGUUGCGUGUCUGCAAAAAAUUCGUCAUCAGCUGGUCGCGAGUCUCGAGAGUCUCCGAUUUGAGUCGUCACUGCAAUUACAUUUUACAGUUAAUUGUGUGACGUGCGCGAGAGAGCGAACAACAACAAGACAGGAGAAGGAAAAGAAAAAAACAAAUAAAGAAACACACUCAAACAAAAAAAUUAAACUGUGCUGCCCACUGCGGGUUAAUAAGCAAUAGUCAAACGAAAGAGGGAGCGAGUCACAAAAACACGUCGCCAUGGAGUCUGCGGACACAAUCAUGGAGGAGCAGAAGCUCAUGGCCGAGGCGAAGUAUCGCCAAUACAUGACAAACAUCGACAAAGCGCUGCGCAAUUUCGAAUACUCCAGCGAGUGGGCGGAUUUAAUCUCUGCCUUGGGCAAACUUAGCAAGGCCAUAUCGAGUAACACACAAUACCAAGUCAUACCGCGACGACUGAAGAUUGCCAAACGUUUGGCUCAAUGUAUGCAUCCAGCGCUACCCUCGGGCGUUCAUCUGAAGGCCCUCGAGACGUACUCAGUGAUAUUCAGCAAGACGGGGCCCGAGCGUCUCGCCCAAGAGUUCAUAUAUGGCGCUGGCCUAUUUCCGCUACUGGGCUACGCGGCAAUGAAUGUGCGACCCGCACUACUCACCAUCUACGAGACCUACUUUGUGCCGCUGGGUGACAAGCUGCGUCCAGCGCUAAGCGGAUUCCUCAGCGGUGUGCUACCCGGCUAUGACUGUGGUCUGGAUCACUUUGAUCGCAUCAGUGCGCUGCUGAAGAAUGUCUGUCUGGCUGUCAAUCCGAUGCACUUUUACACGGUGCUCUGGGAGUCGGUGGCGAAUAAUGCGGCCAUUCGGCUGCCUGCAAUUACCUUUCUGUUGGAGCACUUUAACAAGCGCCUGGACAUGCAAAAGCAAAUCUAUAUUAUGGGUCAUAAUCGUGAGAUAAUGAUGUCGGCGCUGUGCGCUUGCCUCAACGAUUCGUUGAUCUUGGUGCAGCGCAAUACUCUGGAGUUUCUAUUGCUCGGUUUUCCCAUGCACACACAGCUGUUGGAUGAGGAUCAGUUGGUGCUGCUGGUCACAAAUGGUUUAAACACAAUACUGAGGCGUGACAUGUCGCUGAACAGGCGACUCUUCUCGUGGCUGCUGGCCAGCGAGGUGACCAAGAGUUCGCCCACUUAUGAUACGCUGUCGCUGGACUCGACCACCGUCGAUGGGCAGAAAGAGGCGGAACCGUAUUUUGUGACGCAUUCGCGGCACAUCUUGAUCAGUGCCUUGGUCAGCACAUUGCGGCUGAGCUUGGCCUGCCAGCCCAUGGAUCUGAAGCCGUAUCGCAUUAUGCUGUCGCUGUUGGACAAGGCGGAGAUCGGCAGCGCCGUGCUGGACUUUGUGCUGCAUGACAUCAUACGCGCCAUGUACAUAUCCAGCAGCAAUGCGGACGCGCUCAAGUCGGCCAAUCUGCUCUUUGCCACCUUCGAUCCGGCCUACAUUUGGAGCUACAUGACCAACAUGUUUGAGCGCGCCUGUCAGCUGGCGCCAAGCUCCGCCCAGUCCAACAGCGAUGGCAAAUUUGCCAGCAUCGUCGGCUCCGGGGAUCCGUGUGUGCUGGAGAUUUGUGUGCUUACCGAAUUCCUGCUGGAGACCAUCUCGCUGGAGAUGUACACGGAAACGACACGCGUUUACCUGCCCAAGGUAUUCCUGGCCAUCACACAGCUGCUGUCGCUGCACAUGGAACGUCUCAGCAGCGAUGAGAUCACGGCUGCUCUGAAGCUCUGCAUGAAGAUCGUGUCCAGGGUUCAGCCGAUGAUCACCAGCCCCAUUAAACUUAACAAACUGAUGGAGCACAGCGUUUCUGGCUUGGAUGAGCAGACAGGCAAUGCCAAUGGCAGUAGCAAUGGCAACAGUGGCAGCUUCAUGGAGUCCGCCACGCAAUCGAAUGCACUAGAAAAGAGCAAAUCAGACUCACGGCUUAAUCAGUUUGGCGAGCACUCGCUGCAGAGCGGAGAGCCGAAUGACGAGGAGCUCAUACGUCGCUCCGCCUCCAAUCAGAGCGUGGUGCGGCACAGUCCCAAGAAGAAGGCCAAGUCUUUCUCGCGCCUCUCUGAACUGGACAAAGAUAUAAGCGCCUCGGAUACAGGCCAGCAAUCGUCGUCGGAUCUGGACACGCCGCGCAGCAUUAAGAAGAUCAAGGCCAAGGCCAAGGUGCCUUUCAUACGUAGCAGCCCGAAAAAGGCACGGCCCAAGGACAUUGUGCUGACACCCAAUGCAGCCACCGCCAGCGAUGUGCCUGACGAUGCCGGCGAGGAGCCGCCGAAGAGUGCGCCACCCGAGAACUGUCCGGAGUUUCAACUGGACGAUGAGCAGAGCAAGGCGACGCAGCAACGUGGCUUUUCCAUAUUGGAAAAAUGCAUACGACAAUACGAGAUCUUCUUCGAAGUGUAUUUGGCACGACAGCUGCUGCAAAUUGAAACUGCCGCCAGCUGCGUGGAUAUUGGCGCCAGCAGCGACAAGUGCGCUGUCAAGGUGCAGCUGCAACGCACCACCAGCCACACCUCAAGUUUGUUUAUGGUGGAACAAGUUCUAGAGCAUCAAUGUCCGCAGCGCGAGUCACAAAUCGAGCGAUUGUUUGGCCUGCUUCGAGUGGAUGUUGUGGCACGUUCCAAGCAGUUGCAACGCCUGUUGAAUCUCUCGCUGCCUACAGUCAGCGCCAGCGAGAUUAGCAGCGACAGCGACGCCACCGAAGAGCCACAGCAGAAGCUGCUCAUCGAUGCGCAGACACAGCGCAGUGUGCAGCAGCUGUCCGAGCUCCAGCUCAACUCAGCGAUGCGCUCGGCAAUCAAACUGUCUGCCAGUUUGCUGGUGGAGAUGUCCACGUUUCCCAACUGCAACAAGCACAUCAUACUGGACAAGAGUGAACCCGAGCUGCCUAAUUGGCUGAAGGUGUUGUGUCUGGUGGCCUGCUUUGCGCAGAGCGACAAGGAACUUCAAGUGGCCGCCAUCACAACGCUCUUCGAUCUGAUCAGCCUGUUGCGCUCGCAGAUCGAACACACGACCAGUCCAGGUGUUACAUUUGUGGUGAUGUUGCCACUGCUGAAGUUCGGCCACGUCAACUACUUGGAACAGCGCACACGCGUCUUUCAGCUGGUCAGUUCCAUACUGUGGGAUUACCUUGGCACCACGGGCAUUGAUCCCUCGCAGAUAGCAGCAUUGCUGCAUCAGCUGCACAGUUGUCUGGAGAGCGGACUCGUUGAGUCGGUCAUUGGCAAUCGUAUGCACGCUCAGCACUUGCUGCAAGCUCCGUCCCACAAUGGACUGGGAGCCGGUAACGCUUUGCGUAGCUUCCAACUGGAACGUGCCACAGAUGCCCAGCUGCUGUGUCCAUCUCCCAGCCUGGAGCGUCUGCGAGAAAGUCAGGCGCGCAGCUACAAAAAGUUCGAGCUGCUUUGGCAUCUGGGCAGAGAAAAGCAGAUGUCGCGUGGCUUCGAGAAGACGCUGCUCAAAGUGCUCGACACAUUGGCCCUGCCGCAUUACAUGUCCGAGCGCACCUUUGUCACCAAUUGGUUGCAGGCAUCGCUCUUGCGUGGCGAUCUGGCGCGACUGACCAAACCGCUCUACAAGAUUCUGCUAUCGGCCAGCUCCAAGCGUGUGGGCAUCGUGCACAUGCAGCAACUUUAUCGCGAAGCUGCCGAAGCGGAACAAUCCGCCUACGAUGAGACACCCGCAUUUGAGCGCGAUGUAUACGCAAUUAGCUCGGAGCAAGGCAAUGUCAAGUAUCAUCACAUGGAGGCGGCCAGCAGUGGCGGCAGCGUGGGUAGCGGCAAAAAGAAGAGCCCCAUACGCCAUUUGCCCAAGAAGAUCUUUGGCGUGACGCUCAGCGGUGGCAACAAGUCAAAUAAAACCUCAAAUUUUGUGAGCGACAAAGCGCCGCUUGCUAGCGAAGCUCUGCAGGAUAUAAAUACGAUUGGAUUGAUUAUUAAUCCGCUGGAGAAUGCGCAUGAUUUCGAUGACGAAACGGAUCUGGAGGAGCCACGCAUAGAGCUGGUGUCCAGCACGGGCAAAGAUGCGCCCCAAACGCCGCUCGAGCAGAAACUGGCCAGCGCCAUGGACGAAACGGAAUCGCGAGUGAGUGAAUCGCAGGCAGCGGCAGAGCAGGAGCCAUCAUUGCACUACGAUCAGGACAUUACUGACAACUCGGAGAGCAGCGACUUUGAAUCGGAUUCGGAGCUGCGUGAGACGAGCAUAGACAAAGAGGAUAGUUUGACAAUCAGCUCCAGUGCUGGAGGUGGCGCUGCCGAUGAUGUUAAGCGCUUUGUGGGUGACUGUGAACGAGUAACGGAAGCGUUGACGCAGCACGAGCGGAUCAAGAGUCGCAAGACGUAUCGUUUGACGCGCGAAAAGACGCCCGGCGACUCCAGUCUCAAUGAGCCGAACGAGGAGCAGCAGACAGCCAACCAGCAGGACAAUGAGCAUGCACUGCCAGCUGAUGAAUAUUUUAGCGAGGCGCUAUUGCGACCGCAAGACAAGAAGCUGGCCAAGGAACUGCGAAAGCGCAAGAAACUCUUGACGAGCAGCGACAAGAAACGUCUCAGCUGCAUCUCUAAGACCUCGACGGACAGCAAUCACAGCAAUCUGGCCGAGCACCUCGAAACGGAGGCCACAGCCACGCAUAGCGAGGAGGAACAGGAGGCGAGCAACAACGAGAAUAGUCAGCCGACCAUCAAUGUGGAGGACAAGCGACGUACGCUGAGUUUGGAGACAAACAAACUGCAGCCAGAUUGGCAAAAGACGCUGGAGAAGAGCAAACAGAAUGUGGAGAUCUUACGACAGAAUGCAGCAGCUGCAGCUGCUGCCAACGAAGAGCAACUGAGCAUACGUUCGUCCACCAAGAGCAACAGCUCGCUGAGCACAUUCCGGCACACGGAUGCGGCGCAGCUCUAUCACAAUCAUCUGUUGCUCUAUCUGGCCAUCUAUGACACCCGCCAGACGCUGUACGCGCUGCAGACACUGCGGAAUAUCAUCUGCUGUGAUAAGCGCACCUUUCUCUGUCUGUCCAUUACGACAUCGUUUACCAGCGGCAGCCUGAAGCAGCUGCUCAUCCGGCAUCGUAAGAGCAUCUCGGGCAAAGGAUUUGCGGGCAGCGUCAGCAACUCGGAGUAUGCCCAAGGCUAUCGUGGUUGUAUGCAUCUGGAGCUGUUGGUCACGCUGCUGCUGUUCUAUGCACGUGGCUAUUUUCAACGCGAAUCUCUGGAUGCCCAGCGGCAGCCGCCCACGCUGCAGGAUGUGAUGAACAAUCGACGCAUUCAACUGGAGAGCAUUGAGCUGCUGGCUGUCAUCUGCACUGAGCUCAUCGAGAUUGUCAAGGGCAUGGGACGUGGCCUCGCCUGCUACAUUGCCGAUCUGCUCGGCAGGGCCAAGCUGCAAAAAGUUAUGCUGCACUGCCUCAACAGUUCUGUCUGCAACUACGGACGCAAACCGUUGCAGCCGGGCAGCAGCAGCUAUGCCGAGCAGGUGCUCAACUUCAAUGAUCCGCAGGACGAUCAACUGCACGCGGAUUGCUUUCAGCUGCAGCUGCUGCGUUUACUUCUUGCAGUGAUACGGCUGGAGCACGAGGUGCAUCAGUUGCGUCAGGAUACGCCCAGCAAUGCGGCCAACGAGGAUAAUAACGCCUCGGGCAAUGCGUCGCCCACGCGUCUGGCUGAAGGUGCCGCCGCCAAUGUCAAAUACUUGCCCAACUGUCUCAUCAGUCAGCAGCCCAUGUUUCUGGCCGCCGUGCUCGGUGCACUGCAGCAGGAGCGCCUGCGGCACUUGCAUCGCAACUGGACGGAUCUAGUGACCAGUUCGCUGAACUGCUUCAGCUUCGGUUCGCUGACGAACAUUGUGAUCAGCGUGGUGCAUCAGUUGUGCAACAAUCUGGAUCGUCUGGCCCGACUUACGCUGCCACAACAGCGACACUUUCCGCCCGACUAUGUCAUCUCGCAGCUGGAGGCAUUGACCAUCCUGUGUCACUAUUGUCUGCUGGACAACACACAGCAGACGGCGCUGUCACAUCUCUUCAAUCAGGCCUAUCCACAGACCAGCGCCGCCGUCCAGAGUUCCAGCACUGGACAACUGCUCAACAGCAUUGUGCACUCGUUCCUCUCGGCCAGCGAGUCCACGUCCACAGCGUCAGCACCGCGCAAUCCUCAACUGCAGGCGGCACGCAAUGCGGUGCUCUCGCAUCUGCCGCGCAUCAUGACCAGCGUGGCAGCGAUUUGGGACAGCGAACUGGGUCAAUUGCGUCCCGUGCGGCAGCAGCUGUUGGAGUUCUUGUCGCCAGUCUCGCUACAUCAUGGCUGCAACUUCCUGGCUGCCAUUGCUGUCACCUGGCAGCAACGUGGCUGCAGCAACAGCAGCGCCAGCAAUGGCGCUUCGUCGACAACUUCUGGCGUUACGGAGCAGUUCCAGCGCAACUCCACGCUGCAGGCUUGUCCCUCACAACUCAGUCUCGUCUCUCUGGUGUCCAGCAUACGUGUGAUGCCCAUGGACUCGUUUGUGCAGACGCUGCAUCAGGUGGUCAAGUCACCGCCACCGAUUCACCGACCUCCGGCUCAACUGAGCAUUGAAGUGAGCGCCCUGGAGCUGUUCUAUUUCUACAUGAGAUCUGCGCCGGCGCCACAGCUGGCAGAUGCUUGGUCAGCCCUGUUGGUGCUCAUACGGGAUGGUCUCAGUCUGACGCCGCCAGCGCAGUUUGCGCUGCUGAUGCUGCUUAAUGAGUUCGUGCAGCGUUGCCCACAGAUGCCGUUCCCCGACAAGAAGGAGGUGCGUGAGCUGCACGACGUGACCGCGCGACUCGUCGAGUCGCUGUCCAGUGUGGCCGGUGCUUGUUUGGAGCAGACGACCUGGUUGCGUCGCAAUCUGGCGGUCAAGGAGGACACCGAUGGCCAUGCCAAGGACAACAGUUUGGGCGGUGGCAUUCAACAGUAUUCGCUUCAGGCGCAGAGCGUGCUGGCGGGCAUCUUGUCCAACCUGCUGGACGUGGCUUAUGGCUCGCAGGAGAAGGACAAGGUGGUGACCAUUGUGACAACGCUGCUGUACAACAUUACGCCGUACCUAAAGAAUCACACGGCCCGCAAUGUGCCCUUCUUCUAUGCGUGCUCUGCGCUUUUGGCCAGCCUCAGUGGCUAUCAGUAUACGAGGAAGGCGUGGCGCAAGGAUAUGCUCGAUCUGCUGUUGGACACUUCGUUCUUCCAGAUGCACAUCUCGUGUUUACCCUUUUGGCGUCAGAUCAUGGACAGUCUGAUGACCUAUGACAAUACCACAUUCCGGGAACUGAUGACGCGUGUGUCACUCUCACAGGCGGGCAGUCUCAAUAUCUUUGCAUCGCGGGAUCAAGAGUACGAGCUGCGGGCCAUGCUGCUCAAGCGCUUGGCGUUUGUCAUCUACUGCAGCGAAUUCGAUCAGCACAACAAGUACAUGCCGGACAUACAAGAACAAUUGGCCAACAGUCUGCGUCUGGUUCCGUUGGGUCCAUCAGUGCAAGCCGCCGUCUUCCUGUGCUUCCGUGUGCUGCUGCUACGCAUGUCACCCGACCACGUCACCUCGUUGUGGCCCAUUCUCAUAGCCGAAAUGGUGCAGGUCUUUUUGCAAAUGGAGCAAGAGCUCAAGUCCGAAACGGAUGAGCGCAGUAGUCAACAAUCGCGACUGUUGCCGAGCAUGGAGAUUCCCUGGUCGACAUCCAACUCCAGCGCCAGCAACGGCAUCAAUGCUCAGACGCCCAUGCAGCACUGGCGCUCAGUGCAGCUGGAGGCAUGCAAACUCCUCGAGCUGGGCUGUGUGCUGCCGGCAACAAAGCUGCCGCAUUUCCAAAUGUAUCGUUGGGCCUUUGUUGGCACGGAGUUCGAUGUGCACGAGGAGGUGGUGCCACUGCCGCUGCCCAAUGGCAGUGUCGAGAAUCUCGCCGCGUUGCCAAGUGCACUCUAUGUGCCGCACGUGAAACGUGUGUCGCGGCUUAUGGACAUGAAGUACACCAGCCACUCACCGUUGAUGCAGCGUCCAAAGAAUCGUCACUUGAUGCUGAGUUUCCAGCAGCUACAGUCAUUGCUUGAACUAUAUCCGUUCUUCUCCACGCUGGGAUUAAGUUGCCCCAACUCAUGCAAUUAUGCCGAUGCCGAGCAGGAUGUGGCCAAUUGCCUUCAGGAGAUUGAAGAUGUGUUGGCUCUUGAUUUUCUAGAGAAGCUACCGAGCAUCACCACGCCCAGAUGAAAACUGGUCGCGGCCUAUAGGCAGACGCAGGCGCACAUUCAGACCACAAGCAUGACGCAAUUCGAACUGGAACUGAAUCUGGGCGCUAACGGUCAAACGGCGCGCAUCGUGGCCGCCGUUCAGGCCAAACUGAACAGCCAAAAUGCCGAGACGAGCUUCACGCAGGCCACCAAGAAGACAAACUUUCCAUUUUACGUUUAAGCAGAGCCAAGCAAGCGCCAAGCGAUAUGUUAGCUGUAGUUAGAUAGAAAUGAUAAAGUUAAUAGCCAACCGAUUUCGAUUCCGAUUCUGUAUCUGUAUCUUUAUCUCUGUAUUAAUGAAUAUCGUUUUAACUGUUGAGUCAAAGUUGAAGUCGAAGAGAAUGUCC